AUGGAGUUGAGGGAUCGGCUCACUGAAUUGAAGAGAAAAACUGCCAUAGACAAGACCAAGGUCGAGCAGGCAUCGAGUGAUCUCAAGGCAAAAACUGCGUCAUUGAAUUUGGCCUUUGUCACGCUGAAAAAGAGGCGAGCUGAUGCAGUGGCCAUGCACACCAAUGCCAUGAAAAUUGCGCAGAUGAAUCUCAUGGCAACCACCUCAGAUUGUAUGAAAAUGCAAUCAAAAUCUGUAAAGCAACUUUGCAGAUUGUUUCCAAUGCGACGAGUUAUUAAAGAGGGAGAAAAGAAAGACGACUACAGUGGUCCGUAUGAUUCGAUAUGCGGGGCUCGUCUUCCUCGUGGUCUCGAUCCACAUUCUAUUCCAUCAGAAGAACUGUCGGCAUCUUUGGGGUACAUGCUACAUUUCAUCAAUAUUGCAGUCCGUAUCCUAUCCGCGCCUUCUCUUCAUGUAUCAGGCUUUAAGGGUUCAUGCUCAAAUAUAUGGCAGCGGAGUUCCUACUGGAGCACACGACAGUCCCAGAGCAAGGUUUACCCACUUUUUGUACCUAGGAAAAAUGUUUGCACAGGUGGUGAAGAAGCUUCACUGACAGAAAGUGGUUCAAGUAACUUUGGAGUUGACUCUGUGGAUUCUGUCAAGAAACCGUCUUUUGAUUCCAAGAGAAGCAAUAGCUUUAGCUUUUCUGGUGCAUCUUCCCACUCCAUGGAGAGGCAUCAAUAUUUGCAGAGAGGAAUAUCACUAUUGAAGACAAGUGUUACAGCCAUUACUACCUACUAUUAUAACUCACUGGGCUUGGAUGUGCCAUCCAAUCUUUCUACUUUUGAGGCGUUUGCUAAGUUGCUCCAUAUGUUAUCGUCAUCAAAGGCCCUUCGAACUGCUUUUGAAUCGAACAUUGCCUCAAGGUCAGAAAAGCAAGCGCAACAGCUAAACAGAUCGAUUUGGAAGGCAAGUUCAGCCAUAUCAUCGGACAGUAGUUUUAUGGACAGCAUGCACACAGCCAUCAUGCCCAGCACUCUGGACAACCUCCUCCUGAACUCAAACGAGAGCUUCUUGUACACCGGUAAGCUGGUGAAGCAUGGUGGUGUGCCAGAUAGCAUAUUCGAUGGCUGGGAUCUGGUAGAGCGUGAGGUCCUACCACCACCGCCCUCGCAGGUUGAAGAUGUCGCGCAGUGGGAAAGAGCCAUAUGUACUGUGUGUUCCGGACUUGGAAUUGAAGGUGAAGCUAAUGUGUGUUCUUUGUAUCUCAUGCGCUUCAAAGAGCUGGGUAGGGAUGCAGACGAGGAGACCAUAAAGACUGCCUACAGAAGAUUGGCCAAGUUCUAUCACCCUGAUGUUUAUGAUGGUAAGGGAACCCUUGAGGAAGGGGAAACUGCCGAAGCCCGUUUCAUCAAGAUCCAAGCAGCGUACGAGCUGUUGAUUGAUGAUGAAAGGAGAAGGGCAUAUGAUAGAGAGCAUCAUGUGAAUCCGAUGAAGGCUUCUCAAGCAUGGAUGGAGUGGGUAAUGAAGAAGCGGAAAGCUUUUGACCAACGUGGUGACAUGGCUGUGGCUGCUUGGGCUGAGCAGCAGCAACGCAAAAUGACACUACGGGCACGGCGUCUCUCACGCUCAAAGGUUGAUCCUGAGGAAGAAAGGAAGCUAUUUGCCAAGGAAAAGAAGGCAUCUAUGGAAUUCUACAGCACAACUCUGAAGAGACAUACCCUUGUGUUACGGAAGAGGGAUAUUAUCUGA